UAUUGAGCGGAUUCAUGAGAAUCACUGCCGCUCAAACUUUUUUGCCACUUUCUUCCCUGGUGGACCUCGACCAGAGCUGACGGAGGUGACCGCAUCCCCUCUGCUCACCAACUAGCGGACAGCAGCUGCGACAAGAUGAAGUGUCAGAGAGUCCUGAGCUACCUGAGGAUAUUUGGGACCACCAUGUUCGGUGUGUCCCUCCUGGUGGGAAUCUCCACAGCCUACAUCAUGGGCUAUCAGUUCUUCACCACAGCCCACAACUAUUUGUCCUUUGGCUUGUAUGGUGCUAUUUUGGUCAUCCACCUGAUCAUCCAGAGCCUCUUUGCACUCCUGGAGCACAGGAACAUGCGGCGCUCCUUGGAGACACCGAUCAAACUGAGCAAGUCCUUGGCGUUGUGCAUUGCUGCUUAUCAGGAGGAUCCAAACUACCUUAGAAAGUGCCUGGUGUCUGUGAAGAGGCUGACGUACCCGGGGAUCAAAGUUAUCAUGGUGAUCGAUGGGAACUCUGACGACGACAUGUACAUGAUGGAGAUCUUCAAGGAAGUCAUGGGAUGGGACAAGUCAGUGUCGUAUGUGUGGCGGAGCAAUUACCACGUCAAAGGUCCGGAGGAGACUGACGAGAGCUACGCCGAGAGCCUCCAGCAAGUCUCCAGGACUGUGCUUGGCAAUAAAUGUGUCUGCAUCAUGCAGAAGUGGGGAGGCAAAAGAGAGGUCAUGUACACAGCCUUCAAGGCACUGGGAAGGAGCGUGGACUACGUACAGGUGUGCGACUCGGACACCAUGCUGGACCCAGCGUCGUCAGUGGAGAUGGUGAAGGUUUUAGAGGAGGACCCAAUGGUCGGAGGUGUUGGAGGAGACGUACAGAUCUUGAAUAAAUACGAAUCGUGGAUCUCCUUCCUGAGCAGCGUUCGCUACUGGAUGGCCUUCAACAUUGAGCGGGCUUGCCAGUCAUACUUCGGCUGUGUUCAGUGCAUCAGCGGACCUCUGGGGAUGUACAGGAAUUCUCUGCUGCAUGAGUUUCUUGAAGAUUGGUACAAUCAGACCUUCAUGGGAUCCCACUGCAGCUUUGGGGAUGAUCGCCACCUUACGAACCGAGUACUCAGCCUUGGGUAUGCGACCAAAUACACUGCACGGUCGAAGUGCCUUACGGAGACACCCAUUACGUAUUUGCGCUGGCUAAAUCAACAGACUCGAUGGAGUAAGUCUUACUUUAGGGAAUGGCUUUACAACUCCAUGUGGUUCCACAAGCAUCACCUGUGGAUGACGUACGAGGCGGUGAUCACAGGAUUCUUCCCGUUUUUCCUCAUCGCCACUGCAAUCCAGCUCUUCUUCCAAGGACGACUCUGGAAUAUUUUGUUGUUCCUGCUCAUCGUGCAGGCGGUGGCAUUGAUCAAGUCAUCAUUCGCGAGCUGCCUCAGAGGCAACAUUGUCAUGGUGUUCAUGUCUUUUUAUUCAGUACUGUAUAUGUCAAGCCUGUUGCCAGCCAAAAUGUUUGCAAUCGCUACUAUUAACAAGUCAGGCUGGGGGACCUCUGGGAGGAAAACAAUAGUGGUGAACUUUAUUGGUCUAGUUCCAAUAACUAUCUGGUUCACCAUCCUUUUUAUUGGGCUUAUUUACACAAUAGUCCAACAGACCAAAAAACCCUUCCCUCAAUCUGAGGAGAUUGUGCUCAUCGUCGGGGCAGUAGUCUAUGCCAGCUACUGGGUGAUACUGCUCACACUAUACACCGUUCUUAUAAACAAAUGUGGAAAGAGGAAGAAGGAAACUCAUUAUGACAUGGUGCUGGACGUAUGACCCAAAGACAAAAACACACCACUAAUCACUGAAAUAUCUUCAGUUUUUUUUUAUAUCCCUGUUUACAAAGAUUGUCUAUGCAGAACAACUCCGGUGGCAAAAUUGAGUUCUACCACAAUGGACAAAAAAAAAGGGGGGGGAUUAUCUGUAACCAUUAAAUCCCUAACCUUGGAGUAGUGAAGGCUAACUGGGCAUCUUCGAGAAACAAGAGUGGCAAAGUUUGCCGUUGUUAUCAAAGUUGGCUUAAAAGAGUGCUAGGCUUUGUAAUAUUAGCUACCUCUUACUUUUGUCGUAUCCACUGGGCAUCUGUCUAAUGUAAGUAACUUAGCCAGAGAAACUGUGGAUUCGUAGCUUUUCUCUUGGGGUUUAAACUUGACCAGGAAGAAGACUUUUCUCCCAGAGAGUCACUGUCACCAAGAAAUAUCUGCACCCCACAAAUUGAGAAUGUUCCGUGUGUUUCUGUGUUGAAAGGGAGCCAUGCAACUGCCAGUUUGCCUCCACUAUCAAGCGACUGCACAAAGACUAUUGCAAGAGGCACCACCUCUGAGAAACUAGUGUUACUAAUGCACUCAAGUCGUUGUUCUUGUUUUUUUCUCUCUUUCUUUUUACCACAUCAACACGCAGUGGGGGAAUAGGCAUUUAACAUGAAAAUGUUUUUCUCACCAAAUAUAUAUUUUACUGGGGCCUAUUGAAAUGACACAGGGAAGCAAUUAACUAAUUUACUGAAAUGCAUUCAGUAUUUAUUAGGCGGUUCUGUUUCAAUUGGAUUCAAGUCAAGAGAUUAACUGGACCAUUAAAGCAUUUUUAUCGUCUUUCUUGGGAAGCAGAUGAGAGUUUCCUUGGCUGUGUGAAUGCUGGUCUUCAUGAGAAAUCCAUCCUUUCAUCAUCAUCUUUAGAUUCUUAUCAGGAACUCCAGUGCCACCUGCACUGGAUCUCCUACCGUGAUGAUCCUACCUCCAAACCUCGCUGCUAGUAUACACUCCCAGUGUUUUAUUGACACGUCCAAGUGUUCUGCUGCAGAGUCAUAAAUCUCAACAGGCUUUUUCCUUCAGCAGUGGAGUUUGUGCAGUGGUUGGGCGUAGAAAUCUGAAAAGUGAAAACUGAUUGGUUACUUUUUCUCUCAUUUUUUUUCUUUUGCAGCUUCUGUUCUCAUGUUUUUAAUUGCCGUCUUACAGAGAAUUUGUUUCUAUGUUGCAUACCUAUUUCCCCCCAACCUGUACACACAAAAUGAAUUAGUUUUCCUAAAACGAACCACUGCACUGGUUCGGUUUUGUUUCAGUGUAUUGGUUGCUUUCAGGGUGAUGUACUGGUGUGCCUUCUCAGUGUUUUUUUUAACAGUUACAGUACCAGUUUACAGAGCACAAAGGGCUUUAAAAUGGAGAGCUGCUUUUCAGCUGCACUCAUGUCAUAUGGGACGCAUCCAGAGCCAAACCUGUGAACUGCACCUGCUUUUAAGGGGUCAGGGACUGUCUGAAGUGCAUUAAACUCUGAGAGGUACCAGCCAACCUGCAAGGAUCAAUCCACAACUAUCGUACUGUGAAGUAUCAAUGCUGCUCAUAGCACUGUGCUGCAGGAAUAGUGGAGGGAUUCCGUGUAUCAUGCAGCGGCCCAUGAAACACUCUUCACUUGCUAAUUUUAGCAGACACCAUAAACAUCAGAAAGCGACAACAGACUAAGGUAACGUGCCUUUAUUUUGGUGCCAAGAGAAACAGAGUACUUGCUGUUUUUGCAUUUGAAUGUACUCUGAAGUAAGACAUAUCAUCCAUCACAGUUACUGCAAACAUCCCUCUUUCAUCAGUACGCCUAAAUUUAGCAAUGACCGAUGACUCGUUUUUAGUGACUUUAGAAUUAGCAUGGAUGUUGAAUGUAAAUCGGUGUACUGAGUAAUGUUUGGAAAUGAUCCCAUAUGACAUGACUGCAGGACUUCUCAGUGUUUACAAGAUGAAUCAUUGUAUGAUAUAUUUUUAACUUGAUCAGAUGAACAUAUGACCACAAGCAAAAAACUUUGUAUUGCUGCU